AUGGCGCCGGGGCCACUUGUGAUGCAAGACCAGGUGGACACCUCUACCGGUCUGUGGACACUCCCACCGCCUGUGGACACUUCCAUCGGCCUGUGGCCGGUCAUGUUCCGAGAAUGCGAGGACAGUGGCCUGAAGGCCGGCCAGCAGAGGGCUAAAGACCCCCGGGCCCCAGAGCGGAAGGCCCCCAAGAGCGGGGUGCUGGGUGUGGGCGAGGCUGCCAAGGACCAGGACCCCCUGUGGGGCCAAGGGGACCGUGACUCCAUUGCCUCCCUGAGUUCUAACCCACCUGCCUCUGCACCACCCAGGUCAUGGACCAAAGUCCACCCGUCAGACCCCAGCAUCGCCCCCGGGAAGUACUCCCCGCUGGAGAAGGAGAUCCUGCGUCUAGGGGGCGUGCACACGGCGGCCUCCCGGCGGCUCCUCAGGCACAGGCUGGAGGAGGAGCAGAAGAUGCUGCGGGAGCUGCAGCUGCGGUCCCCGGACUACAAGCAGGCGCUGGAGCACCGCAGGCAGUUCCCGCCGGCCUGCGCCGCCUGCGGGCUGCUGGAGAAGCUCUGGACGGCCAAGGUCACCGUGACCCCCGAGGAGCUGCGGGUGCCGCCCCGCGAGCGGCUGGACAUCUGCCGGCACGUGGAGCGCAUGCAGUUCGCGCGGGCGCUGCGCCACCGCCGGCCGCUGCCCGCCAUCCGGAGGGCCGGGCCCCCCGGCGGCCCUCCCGCCGCCACGGGCGAGGGCGUGGCGGACGGCGAGGGCGAGGACAGAGCCGGGCCGCGCCGGGAGAUCAGGAUGAAGGUCACGUUCAAGUCCAAGGAGCCGCCCAAGCCGCUCACCCACCAGCCCGGCGACCUGAAGCCCUUCUUCCCCCCCAGGAGGGCGGAGCGGGCCAUCGCCGGCCGCACCAACCGCAGCCUCUUCCGCCUGGCGGACUUCCCGGGCGACCUCAUGCUCAUGAACCAGGACUUCCUCUCGCGCGGCCUCCGGCCCAGCGCCCCGGCCGGCGCCGGCCCCCGCCCGGAGCAUGCGGGCUUCUGCAGGGCGCCCCCCGGCAGGCCUGCCUGUCACCAGCAGUAA